AUGAUUCCCACUUCCCGCCCAGACGAUGUCGCCCGUUGUGUCCUCGACACCUUUGACAUUCUUCCCGCCGCAUACCGACCUCGCCAGCUGCCGGAAGGUCGGCGCGAGUGGGUACCUCUGGCUGGUAUCGUGCUGAGCCGCGGCAUGAAAUGUCUCCCUCAAUCCAAAAUCUCCUCCGCAAAUGGCAACGUUCUACACGACUGGCACGCCGAAAUCCUCGCCAUUCGCGCCUUCAACCGGUUUCUGGUCGACGAGUGUGCAGACUUGGCUCGACGGGGUCUAGGUAGCGAGACUGCUUGGAUACGGUGGAGGCAGAAUGUCGAGAAGGAUGAAGUGGAAGAUGCGGCCGGUUGGCAAGGUCAGCCUUUUGCGUUGAGGGAUGAUGUUAAGAUACACAUGUAUUGCUCUGAGGCGCCUUGUGGAGAUGCUAGUAUGGAGCUUACAAUGGCCGAGCAAGAGGACGCUACGCCUUGGACUUCCACGCUCCCUACCGAGGAGAAGGAUGGAAUGUUGGGAAGAGGACAUUUCGAUCAAUUGGGUGUUGUGAGGAGGAAACCUGCACGACCGGAUGCCCCGGCUACGUUGAGUAAGAGUUGUUCGGACAAGAUGGCUUUGAAGCAGUGCACGGGUUUGCUGUCGAGUGUGGUGUCCUCACUGAUACAUCCUGGGAGUUCUUACUUGGAGAGCGUAGUGCUGCCUGAAAGCCAAUGCAUAUCACAGGCAGUGAACAGGGCGUUUGGAAAAGGAGGCAGAAUGAAGGAGCUCGCGAAUGAGGAGCUGCAAGAUCGUUGGCGAAGCACAGGGUUCGCUUUCCGACCUUUCCAUGUGACGACUACGAAGAGAGAAUUCAACUUUUCCAGACGAGGGCCGCAAGCUGCAGCAGUGCCGAAUGUUUCGAGCAAUCUGUCUGCGGUGUACACGCCAACACGGCGAGAGAUUCUCGUUAAUGGUGUGCUACAAGGUCGGAAGCAGCUCGAUCCGAAGGGUGCCAGUUGUGUUAGCAGAAGGAAGAUGUGGAUGAGCGUCCUGGAUGUUGCUCUGCUGGUUGGCUUGCCUGCUUUAACGUCAGCGUUGGGAAAGCGGACGUACUCUGAAAUGAAGGCGUCCGGUAUCUUCAAAGGGAGGAAGAGGGUUAAGAUGGAUGCGAGAGAGUUGUCGUUAAAGGGAUGGAAGCGCAAUGAGGGCGACGAGCAAUGGUGUUUGUAA